CAUAGUUACUUUUUCCAAACAAACGUUGGCGUUAAUAGUGUCAGUAAGUUUUAGCAAUGAGGAGGAAUACACAAUUUCAUCCGAAUUUAUGCUUGUAUUGUGUGUGAGAAACAUAAUAGUGGUUUUAAAUAAACUGGUGUGAUUCUGCGCAUGAAAAAAUCAAAAUCUGGAAAUGCCAAGUAUAAAAAAGCAAUAUGAGCAACAUUCCAGUGAAAAUCAGGGUUCACCAUCAUGGAUGCAGCCAAGUACCUCGCGGCACGCAAGAGAUGUUUCCACGGAGGAAAUCGAAAUGGAUGAACUUUUUAAUCAUCGUACACAAGUGCAAGAGAAAGAGUACACACCUCUAGAAAUGAAGGACAUCUUGGAGCGGGAACGCAGGGAGAGGAUACGUGCGUGGUGGACGGAUCAUCUGCGCGACUUCUUAACAUUUUUCAUCUAUCUCAUUACUCUGUACUGUGCCGUGUUUGGGUCCAGGGAUGAUAUGGCAUACUACAGUACCAGUAGUAUUAAAAAUACAAUUGUUUAUUCUGAUAUCUUCAGUGAAAUCACGUCUACUAAAGUGUUCUUAAUUUAUAUGUCCGAAGUGCUGAUACCAGCUCUCCACCAGGGGGAGUUGUACAACCACGAGAAGAUAAAUGAAACAGGUAUCACAGCUGUUUACAACACCAAACUCUUGGGACUGGUCCGACUUCGACAGCUACGGGUUAAGAACGAAACCUGCAAUGUUGCGACAGAGUUGAGGGGACUACGUGGUAGAUGUCGUGCUCAGUUCAGUUUUAGUACUGAAGAUACAAAGAACUACAGCCUCUCAUGGAGUCCGUUUGUUGCCAAUUCCUUUAAACUCUCGAGAAAUAAGAGUCCGUGGCUAUAUCGGGCGGGGUGGGAAUCAGGAACCGUCUUGGCGAAAGGAGAAUUUGCUUGGUAUCCUGGAGGAGGUUACAUAACAACCCUGGGCCGGACACUUGAGAACUCGCUGACCGUGAUGAAGUUCUUAAAACGAUACAAUUGGUUUGAUCACCACACGCGUGCCAUCUUCAUUGACUUCACCACAUACAAUGCAAACAGGAAUAUUUUCAAUGUAGUCAACCUUAUCGUGGAGAUUUCUGCUGAAGGAGCGGUUGUUACGUCGCAAAAUAUCGAAACCUUAAAGCUCCUGUUGAAUUACCAUGAACUAGGGCUGUCAACUGUGGUAGCAAUGGUACUCUGCUCAUUGAUGCUGUGCGUAUUCAUCGUCCGACAGAUGACUCGAUUCGGUCGUACUUCUGUACGCUCUUACUUCACUGCCUGGUAUAAUAUUAUUGAUCUGAUCAUCGCCUUAUUGGGCAUUACCAUCGUCGGUCUCUAUCUUCUGCGUAGCAAGUACGUGUCGAUGCUCAUUAAGCAUUUAGAAGAGGCAGAUGGUAACGAGUAUGUCAACUUUACCUGGGCAGCUUACUGGCAAGUGACCCUGCUUCAUUUUAUAGCGGCACUUUUGUGUCUGUCCACUUUCCGUGCCUGGAAACUGCUUAGAUUUGGACGCCAGUUUCGUUCAUUUGAACACACGCUGAUCCAAGCUUCCAAGGCUCUGGUCCCAGUCACAUUCAUAAUGGUUAUCGUUGUCAUUGGCUUCACAGGGAUUGCUUACGUCAUAAUUGGUCACACUAGUUACCCGUUUUCAAAGAUGUAUUACACCUUUUCUACGCUGUUUUUCAAUGGAAUAGGUUUAGGUGAACUUGAUUAUGAAGUAUUCUUUGCUGUAGAUUAUAUCAUUGGCCCAGUCUUUAUCAUCAUCUAUUGGCUGACUUUUAUAAUUUUCCUUAUUAAUGUGUUCAUCACCGUUAUCAACCUUGCUUAUGAAAAUGCGAGAGACAAAGUGAGCCUGAUUCAUGAAGAAUACACGAUGACUGACUACGUAAAGGAGGAGAUAAAAUAUCAUUUUACACAUCGUAAAUAGGAAGCCAUCUUAGAAUACAUAAAUCAGACUUCAAGUAGAGUCAAAAUACACAUUACUUCCAACACAAAGAACAAUUACAAUUUGAAACAAAUAUAUUCUGAAGAUCUCAGGAGAAACGAACACAGAAACAAAACUUUCAGACUCCAAUGAUGGAUAAAAAUUUGCCAGUUUUUUUUGAGCUUUAGUGCCGUAUAGUCUGGUAACAUUACAGAGGUCCUUGUUGCUUCCAUCUUCAGAGUGGUGAGUAUGGAAUUGGUUUGAGAUAAAGGAACCACUUGGUGAAGGCAGAACUUUGCCCAGACUAUUGGGGAGUAGAGUCAGGAUUUGGCGAGUUCUCGGGGGCUAACGGACUGGCCAGCAGAAGGGGAUAAAAUGGACAGAAUAACAUGAGACCUAUGUCCUUUGAGAGAGUGAAGGAGAGAUCUUCCAUGACCAACUCAGACAAAGGCCAUUCUCCCUGUAGCUGAAUGCAGUGAAGAAACAUCUUAUUUUUUUUAAAGUGAUUCUAUGUACGCAGCUUUUUCAUCACUCUAAUGAUGAAGGCAGCAAGGACCUCUGAAGCAACGAUACUACAUGGCACUACACAACCCAGAAGACAGCCAUGUUUGUCGUAACACAUUUAUCAGAACUCGGAGCUAACCAGAAUUUAACCAGAAGAUGCUGUAAAAUAUGUAACUGGAUAAAAUUUAUGGUUAAAAAUCUAUUUAUGGCUCAGGGUAUACAAUUUUUAAACAAUCACAUUCUUUAUUAGAAGUUUAACUGCAACUGUAACUUAGAAUCUGGCCUUAUAAUUAACAUACAAGAUAUUAUUGGCAAAAUUCCUCACAUUUAUAAGUUGAUUUCCUUGUUAAUGGUAUGAGCGUUUUAACAUGUACGUAUGCACACAUUUAAAUAAAUAAAUGAAAGGGAUGGGUAACAAAGUUACCCUUGCAUUAUGACCACCAGC